AUGUCCUGUGAGGAUCGCGCGCUGGUCUCCUGGCCCGAGGAGAGGGGCCCAGGCUGCUCUCUGAGACCGCAGAGCCCGGAGACCGCGGUGGGGGCCGGCAGGACGGCGUCCCAGGCGGCCGGCCCAGGGCGCGGUCUCCGCACGGACCCGCACCGCAGAGCCGCCUCCAGAGCGGCCCUGCACGAGCGACCGCCAGCGAGGGUCCAGAUCGCCGGCUCUGGGUCAGCUCCUCUCGCAGAGCGGCUCCCCCGGCGGCCGCGCGAGCCCGCGUCGCCCGGGACCCCCCGAGGCCCCUCCUCCGCCGGCCCCGCCCAGGGCGCGCGCGCCCCCGCGCCGCGGGAGGCCCAACGCCCGCCGGCGUGCCGGUUGGGAGGCGCGCGCGGUCUCCAUGGAGACGGCCGCGGGGACGCGCGCCCAACGCCCGCCGGCGUGCCGGUUGGGAGGCGCGCGCGGUCUCCAUGGAGACGGCCGCGGGGACGCGCGCCCAACGCCCGCCGGGGCCCGCAGCCCAGACCUCCGGCGCAGAUGGAGGCGGGCGGGCGCCAAGGGCCGGGGGCACUUGGGGGAAACGCGGAGGCUGGGCGCCCGCUCCCGCGUCCCUGGGACAGAGACGAGCGUCCCCACCCCGGGGACCCUCCCCCUUCUGUCCCCAGAGGCCUCCGCCGACCGACCCCGGCCGCGGCCGCCACCCUCUCCGGGGGUGAUGACUGUGCUUGCCGAGAACCUCCCCGCUGCCCACACGGAAGGCUGCCCCCAAGUCCUCGGAGCCCCCCGCCCAGGGCUCCAGGCCACAAGCGUCCCGCUGGAAAGGCUCCUUCCUCGCUUGGGCCCGCUGCUAGCCCCUCGCAGGCCUAG